AUGUGUCAAGGUAAAAGUGAACUUAAGAGUGCAAAGGAGAACAAAGGUCAGUACUUUUUAAAUGAUUCGGACUCAAAUGAUGACUGUAAUUUUUUUAACUUGAUUACGAGUAAUGACGGUGACGGACCGUACUAUGCGAAUUUAGUAGUAGAAAAAGUGCCAUGUAAAUUUGAAAUUGACACGGGCAGUAAAAUAUCGGCUAUUUCGAAACAUUUUUAUGAUGAACAUUUUAAACAUGUACCUAUUCAAACUAAGUUGUUAUGUCUGAGAUCAUAUACUGGCGACGUUAUCGAGACCAUGGGUUAUAUUGUGGUAAUGGUUAUCUGUGGUUCAAAGUCCGCGAUGCUUAAGUUAUUUAUUAUUGAAAACGGCGGUCCACCUUUAAUGGGCCGUACGUGGAUUAAGAAAUUGAAAAUAGAAAUUGUUGAAUGUCACAAUAUUAGCGACUCGGAGUCGGUAGCAAAAGCUUUGAGAGACGAAUUCCCUGAAGUGUUUGCAGAAGGUUUAGGUACAUUCAAGUCACCUGUAUCGCUGCACCUCAAGGUUGAAUCUCCUGUGUUUGUGAAAGCACGGCCGCUGCCAUUGGCACUGCGCCCGCGAGUCGAAAGCGAACUCAAACGAUUAGAAUACGAAGGGGUUAUUUACAAAGUCGAAAGGUCAGAAUACGUUCAAAAUUGUCACGCCGAUGCGCUUUCUCGUCUUCCUUUGAAUCCUACUAGAAACAGAGUCAAAUGUGAGGACAGCGACUGUAGUUACCUUAAUUUUGUGCAAGAAAAUUUUCCACUUAGUUUUAAAGACAUUAAAAUUGAGACGGCAAAAGAUUCUUUAUUGAGUAAAAUAUAUGGUUACGUAAUGUUCGGGUGGCCAAAAACUAGUAAUAUUGAAACUGAAAAAGCAUAUUUUAAUCGUAAGGAAAAUAUUUGUGUGGAUGAAGGUUGCCUAAUUUGGGGUUACCUGGUAAUAAUUCCCAAAUCAUUACGAUUGUCAAUUUUGAAAGAAAUUCACGACGGCCACCCAGGCAUCGUAAAAAUGAAGCAAAUAGCGCGAAAUUAUGUCUGGUGGGAAACAUUAGACGUUGAUAUCGAGCGAACAGUACAGGAAUGCGUCGCAUGCCGGUCGCAGCGCUCAGCUCCGGCCCCGGCUCCCCUGCACUCCUGGCCGUGGCCGGAGGAACCUUGGGCUCGAUUAAAUUUAGACUUUUUAGGGCCAUUUAAUAAUAAGUAUUAUUUAGUUAUUGUCGAUGCUUAUACAAAAUGGAUCGAGGUUGACCAUGUUUCUGGUACGUCCGCUGCGGUGGUAAUAGAUUGUUUACGAAAAAAAUUUGCGCGUUUUGGCUUACCUAAAAUAAUUGUUAGCGACAAUGGACCACCUUUCUCCUCGGCAGAAUUUAAAAAAUAUUUGGACAUUAACGGUAUUCGCCAUACCCUAGUUGCACCAUAUCACCCAUCGAGCAAUGGGGCGGCUGAAAAUGCCGUGAAAAUGGUUAAGAGGGCAUUAAAAAAGGCCCAAGUUGAUAAUGAAAAUGUUAAUACGGCACUCAGUAAAUUUCUUUUCUCAUAUAGAAACACUGAACAUAGUACCACUGGGUGCGAGCCCGCAAUGCUUAUGUUCGGACGACGGUUGCGUGGUCGACUGGACCUGCUGCGGUCUGACACACGAGACUUGGUGCGACAGCGGCAGGAGAUUAGUGAGCAGCGACGGGACACCGCUCUGCGGGUGGCUGAGCCCCAAGAUUCCGUGCUAUUACGGGACUAUUCUCAAAACCGGGGAAAGUGGACUGAAGGGACGGUGGUACGUCGAGAAAGUCCAGUUUCUUAUACAGUAAAGUCUCAAGAUGGUCGUGUACACAAGAGACACAUUGAUCAAAUCUUAACAACUAAACAUCCAAAGUCUCGAUUUUCAUUGUCAAAGGUGGAAGAGGAGGCGUAUGACAUAACUGAUACAGAGUCAAUGGCGAAGCCUGACACUGAUCAGGACGAUCAAGUCGCAGAAGAAUGGCAACUGGCACAGGAGUCGCCUCCCUCGAGAACCGUGUCUGAAAGACGUGACGACAACACCAACAGACAACAAGCGACGACACCGAAGAAUCGUGUAUAUAGAAAGGCUGCAUUACGCUGCAUUGACAAAUUAAAAGAGAUGUAA